AUGCCUCAUCACCUGCACUUGCACCUGCACCUGCACCCCCCCCCACCACCACCACCACCGGCGCCUCCCCCACCGCCAGCUCCUCCAAUGAUGACGAUAGAUACGAUCGAGGAAGAGGAUGAUGAUUUUGGUGCAUCCGAUAAUAUGGACGCCGAUGACCAUAAUGAGGACUCUUGGGAGCAAAUGCAUGAUGCCGGCGCUGGUCACCAGGAUGUGAACGGCUGGGCGUCCAAUGAUCCUCAAAAUAGCAACGGAGGCUGGACGAAUGAUGAACAAUGGGAGACGAGCGCUCCUCCCCAGGAAGAGAUGCCACCACAACCACCGCAGAAGGAUGGUGGCAAGUCGCAGAAAAAGCAGCAGCACCAAUACCAGUACAAUCAACAUCAACACCAACAGCAUCACCAACACCAACAGCACCACCAGCCUCAAAAUAAUGAUGGAUGGGGAGGCGGUGGCGGAGCUUGGGAUAAUGCUGGAGGAACACCAGCACCAGCGAAAAAGCAGGCCCCGAAAGGUAACUGGAGUCAAACCACUCAGCGCGCUAUGAAUGAGCCUGCCUGGAGUAACUGGGGCCACGAAGCUGGUUGGGAACAAGGCGGAGAUACCUCGGAAACCGAGGAAGAAGAAGACGAAGACGAAGAAGAAGAAUGGCCCGAUCCAGGCGAUCAAUGGGGUGCACCGCCGGCGAUGGCGUGGCCUCAGCAGCAGGCUACCCACGCACCACGAGCGUACGCUCAGAAGCCGCCUGCCCAGGCACCACAGAUGCAUGUUCAGCAUCACCCGAGCCAGCCGAGUAGUUGGCAGAUGUGGGGCGAAGAGGCACGGAGAUUACCCAAGAACCAACAACCGUACGCUGUCGCCAAUCCGCCGCCAGGUACUGGCGGCUAUUUCCAGCCGCAAGGCGCAAAUAAACAAUGGUCUCAGCAGCAAGGCGCUAUGGCCGCCGCAUUCCGGCAGCAACAGGAGCAAGCUUACGCUCUAGCUCAGGCACAGAGUCAGCACAAGCAGCUUCAGCUUCAGCAGCAACAACAGCACCAAAAUCAGGUGCAACCGGAUGAAGCUUACCCACUGGCUCAUGUGCAGAGUCAGCUCAGGCAGCAGCAGCAACACCGGAGUCAGCCGCCACAGGAUGACGCUUAUGCUUUAGCUCGUGCGAAUUUACGCAGGCAGCUGCAACACCACCCGAACCCGAACCAACCACAACACGAAGGGAAGAAGAAUAAGAAGGACAAAGAGAACAAGCAGCAUCAUCAGAGCAAGGAGAAGAAACGCCACCAACAGGAACAGCCGGAGCAUGAGAACGAUGUCUGGGGUUUGGGCGAGGGCUGGCAAGAUCUUGAAGACGAUCCUGAGGAAUACGACGAUACGCAUGAUGAAUGGGAUCGACGAGUACAUUUCUCGCCCCCUCGCACUGCUCCUUCCGUCGUUCCAUCUGCGGUGGUGGAAAACUUCACCGUUAAUGCAUUCCCCCCAAAUAAGCUCGGGCUAUCGGCGUUCAACACGGCGUCGAAAACACUUAGAUACGCAUACCACGGAACAGCGACCUCCAUGGAUAGUGGCCCGGCCCGCAACAGCACGCAAGAUUAUGCAGACUUUAUCGAGUCUAAGGGGGCUGCACUGAAACCUGUGGCAAGCGCCUUUUUCGGUCGAAAUUCACGCAUGGCGAAGGACCGUUUCCACUGGAUGUUCUCGCCUGACAAAGACGAGCGCGUCGCUUCUUUGUUGUCAUGGAUCCAGUCGGCAUCGCAUGGACUGGGCUCGUUUGGCUUGCAUAAAUUUUUACAAACACGAGAGCGCGGUGCUCUCAUAGUGAAUGCCGAUUAUCGGCCUUCAAAGUCACCCAAUGAACCAGCUUUUGAUUGGUUAACAUACCCGGAGUUACAAAAGACCAUGGAUCGCACUCUGCAAGAGUCGGUGGCACAUUACGAUCCUUCUGUGCUGGUGGUCGUCUUCGUAUUUCUCCCUUCCAAGUCGGGUAAUAGCCUUGCUAUAUGGCGCCGCAAGAUUGCGGUUCCGAAUGAUGUACGCCUAGCGUAUCAGGCGCAGAUAACCCAGGUUAUAGCUACUCUUCACAGAGACUAUCCUGUACACGUAGAUGAGAUACCUCCCCCCAAAACACAGCCUCCCAACCCUCCUCCAAAGAAACGCAAGUGGUGGAAGUUGUGGCUAUCUACGUGAACAUUUGCUUUUGUACAGAUACCUUGUAGCAUUAAUGGUCUGUUGGGUUUAUUCGACGCUGUGUCUUGAAAAUGUAGGUGUAGUUGUAUAAUUGUUGCUUUCAUCGUCACGCGUCACCACUUAUCACUUUCAUGUAUUCGUACGU